AUGCACCUCCCUUACUUGGCUGGCACCUUGCUAGCCGGUCUCGCACAGGCGUCUCCGGCCGAGGUAUCUCCUCGUCAGAGCGAGACUAUGCUGAAGGUGGACAUGGACAUCAGGAAACUGAAUCAGCGGAUUGAUGGGUUUGGUUUCAGCGAGGCCUUUCAACGUGCCAACAAUAUCGUCAACCUACCCGAGGAGAAACGAGCAGCCCUAGUCGAUCUACUGUUCAACAAAACUUCAGGUGCUGGCUUCACCAUACUGCGAAACGGCAUUGGCAGCAGCCCGGACAGCUCUCUGGAUUGGAUGAACACAAUUCUACCCCAGAGCCCUGGAAGUCCCGACGCCGAGCCGGCUUAUGUAUGGGAUGGGAAUGAUUCCGGGCAGCUCUGGGUGGCCCAGCAAGCAGUCAAGUAUGGCGUCGAGACCUUCUACGCCGAUGCGUGGUCGGCCCCGGGGUUCAUGAAGACCAACGGCAAGGAUUCCGGCGGGGGUUACCUCUGCGGGAGCCCAGGUCAGAAGUGCAGCAGCGGGGAUUGGCGACAGGCGUACGCCAACUACCUCGUCAAGCUUGUUCAAUUAUAUGCGGAUAGUGGUGUCAACAUAACCCAUCUCGGGUUUCUCAAUGAGCCAGACAUGAGCACGAGCUAUGCCUCAAUGUUGAUGGAUGGAAACCAAGCUGCCGACUUCAUCAAGAUUCUGCAUCCGACCCUCGAGAAGAACAACCUCUCAGAUGUGCAGAUUGCCUGUUGUGAUGCGACAGGAUGGAAGGCCCAGCAACAAAUUACACGGGAUAUGGUGGCCGCAGGAGCCGAGCCUUUGCUUGGUGUUGUUACAGGCCACACCUACUCCUCCGGAAUCAGCGGCACCCAGCCAACGAGUCUCAGAGUCUGGGAGACAGAAUGCAGCGACCUCAAAGGUCACUGGUCAACCGCAUGGGACUCCGACGGCGGAGCUGGGGAUGGACUCACUUGGGCUAUGAACAUCUAUACAGGUCUGACUACAGGUAAUGUGAGUGCCUACCUAUGGUGGGUGGGGACGCAAGAUCCGGCUACGAAUAACAACAACAACGAGAAGCUGGUGUUGGUCGAUAAGGACACAUACACCGUCUCGAAGCGCCUCUGGGCUUUCGCCCAGUACAGCCGCACAGUCAGACCCGGAGCCUGGCGCCUGGAUAUGUUGAAUGAUGCAAGCAACCUCAAGACAACAGCGUUCCAGAACAAAGACCUGACGAUGGCCGUCAACAUUAUCAACACAGGCGCAUCCGCGACCCCCGUUGUGAUAUCAAAUACAUUGAUUCCCGCGAGAUCAGCUCAAGCUUGGGUGACUGACAACACGCGCGAUAUGGACGCUGUGGAAGUCACAGUCAAUCCUGACGGAACGGUUGGUGGUCUGUCGGUACCUGCUCGAAGCAUGGUCAGUUUGACUAUUGAGCUUGCUUCGGGGCUCCUAUAA